AGAAAGGCAUUGGGAGAAUACUACUUAUGUAUUUGGCUUCAACAGAUAUGAUUUGGUGGAUUUAAGCAGACAGUCACUUUCCAAGCUUGCAAACCAGGUCUACUUGGAUGCAAUAUCUGCUUUCCGCCGUGAGGAUUCUAAAGCAUUGAGUCUGCAUAGUCAGAAAUUCCUUCAACUCAUCAAGGACAUUGACAGGCUUCUAGCAGCUGAUGACAAUUUUCUACUUGGAACGUGGCUGGAGAGUGCCAAAAAUUUGGCUAUGAAUUCUGAUGAGAAGAAGCAGUACGAGUGGAAUGCAAGGACACAAGUAACUAUGUGGUUCGACAACACAAAGUACAAUCAGAGUCAACUUCAUGAUUAUGCAAACAAGUUUUGGAGUGGCUUAUUGGAAGCAUACUAUCUUCCACGAGCAUCAAUGUAUUUCAAGCUCCUUUCUAAAAGCUUGGAAGAAAAAAUGGACUUCAAGUUGGAGGAAUGGAGAAAAGAGUGGAUAGCAUAUUCAAAUAAGUGGCAAGAAAGUACAGAGCUUUACCCUGUGAAGGCUCAAGGAGACGCCCUUGCUAUUUCUACUGCUCUAUUUGAGAAGUAUUUCAGUUGAGAUGAGAUUAUCCAUUUCCAUAAUCAAACAUGAACAAAAAUGGAAAUCCCCGUCAUUUGUAUAAUUGUUGUACACCUUAUUACCGGGAAACUUUACAUAACUGUUACAAUUUAAAAGAAAUAUAACAAAUUCGUAGCAUGAAA